CACCGGAGACAAGUGGCGGUCACGGAGGAAGAUGAUAACUCCCACGUUCCACUUCUCAAUCUUAACUGACUUUCUAGAGGUUAUGAAUGAACAAGGAAGUAUUUUGUUGGAGAAACUUGAGAAGCAUGUUGACAAGGAACCAUUUAAUAUCUUUCUAGACAUCACUCUCUGUGCCCUUGAUAUCAUCUGUGAAACGGCGAUGGGCAAGAAUGUGGGUGCUCAGGAGAAUAAGGAUUCUGAGUAUGUUCGUGCUGUCUACAGGAUGAGUGAUCUAAUCCAACAGCGACAGAAGAGCCCUUGGCUUUGGCCUGAUCUCGUGUAUAAGCUGUUCAAGGAAGGAAGAGAGCAUGAGAGGAACCUCAAGAUCCUUCACAAUUUUACAGAUACAGUCAUUGCAGAAAAAGCUGCAGAACUUGAAAACACCAGGAAGAAAAAAUGUGAUACUGAUGGCAACUAUGAAGAAAGUGGCUCCAAAAAGAGAAAAGCUUUCCUGGACAUGCUGAUGAGUGCAACAGAUGAUGGAGGGAACAAAUUGAGCUACAGAGACAUUCGUGAGGAAGUGGAUACUUUCAUGUUUGAGGGCCAUGAUACAACAGCAGCUGCUAUGAACUGGGCCCUGUACUUACUUGGAUGUAAUCCUGAAGCCCAGAAGAAGGUUCACAGAGAACUGGAUGAGGUGUUUGGCAACACUGAGCGUCCUGUCACAAUGGAUGAUUUGAAGAAGCUUCGAUACCUUGAGUGUGUGGUGAAGGAAACCCUUCGGCUCUUCCCUUCAGUUCCGCUGUUUGGCCGUGCCUUGAAAGAGGAUUGCUGUAUUAGAGGAUAUCAAGUACCAAAAGGCACGAAUGUUCUUGUCAUAACUUAUGCCCUGCACAGAGACCCUGAGAUCUUCCCUGACCCAGCGGAGUUCAGACCUGAGCGAUUCUUCCCUGAGAAUUGUAAAGGAAGGCACCCGUAUGCUUAUGUGCCCUUCUCGGCUGGUCUCAGGAACUGCAUUGGUCAACGCUUUGCACAGAUAGAGGAGAAAACUCUUCUAGCCCUCAUCCUGCGGCGCUUUUGGGUGGAUUCAUGUCAAAAGCCAGAAGAGCUUGGUAUAACUGGAGAACUGAUUCUUCGUCCAAAUAAUGGCAUCUGGAUUAAGCUGAAGAGAAGGCCAAAUGCUGGAUCAGAAUGAAAGGAAAUUCAAGAUUUUAUUUUUCCAAAAACUUCCAAGCUAUUUAGGCUGAGAUGUUUUUAAAUCAGGUAUUUUGAUGACAGUCCAGCAAUUUGUUGAAACUGAAGUCAUUACUUGAUUGUU